AAUUAUUUGAUCUUUUAAAGCAAGCUGUAGAUAAUUGUUGCUUGAUGGGAACUGGAUGAUACCUAAAACCUAAUCUACCAACUAGUGCAUGACAUGUCAGUUCUGUUUAACUCGAUUCUCUCAUCACAGCACAGAUGACGUUAUAUUUAUGUGUGGAUUUCACAAUGGAUUUAUUAUAAUGGGCUCUCAGGCCCUGUUUGCCAGGCAUGUGACCCAGGCUCGGGACAGUCAUCCUGAUGGGCCUCUGUAAUCUUGCCUGUCACCUGCUUUAAGAUGAUUGAGUGACAAAUAACGCGAAAGGCAGAUGCUGCCGGAAAGGUGAAUCUCACCGUGAAGGCGAUGUUGUGAAUCUACUGUGACAGAAGAUGAGAAGGAAGUAGGAGUCCACUUUCGCUGCAACGAGGUGGAAAAGGGGACCAAGGAGCAGAGAUCACACAAACUACACUCAGAGGAGAGUUGGUGAAGCAAAGUGUUGCUGGGUUCCAUGCACUGUAAACAUGGGGACACUGGUCGAACCAGCGCUGCUGCUACUUUUAUGGCAGAGUGUUUGGGCUUUGGACAUCCCUCUGGAAGUCAGGCAGCCCCCAACCAUCAUAAAACAGUCAGUAAAAGACCAUAUUGUUGACCCCAAAGACACCAUGGUCAUUGAAUGUGAAGCCAAAGGAAACCCUCAUCCCAUUUUCUCAUGGAGGCGUAAUGGGAAGUAUUUCAACGUGGCACGUGACUCUCAAGCAUCGAUGCGCAGGCGCUCAGGGACACUGGACAUCUAUGCCAAGAACAAUCCAGAACAAUAUGAGGCAGAGUAUCAGUGCAUCGCCUCCAAUGAGUAUGGAUCUGCAUACUCCAACAAGAUCAGACUACGACUAUACAGAGCGCCUGUGUGGCCGAGGGAGAUUCUGGAGCCUGUGGUGAUCAGCGCUGGCCUGCCUCUAGUCCUGUCCUGUGACCCUCCACCUGGCCCACCUAAACCUGAAACCUACUGGAUGUCCAGCUGCUCAUAUGCGAGACCGUUCAACUGGCCCAUUCAGACAGCUUUCCCCACCAUGCAGCCUGUGCGGCAGGACCGCAGGGUAUCCAUGGGAGUAAAUGGAGAUCUGUACUUCUCUAACGUCCUGUUCAAUGACUCUGCGACUGACUACUGUUGUAACGCCCGUUUCCCCUACAAAAAUGUCAUCCAGCAGAAGAUGCCUGUGGUUGUUAAAGUGCUUACAACUCGCACAGUGGCCGAGGCUGCCCCCAGCUGGCUGUCUCCCACAGGGUCGUCCAGCUCCAUACUGGUCCUGCAAGGGGAAGAACUGCUCUUGGAGUGCAUUGCUGCAGGAGUGCCAACUCCUCAUAUCAGCUGGACCAAAGAUGGCGACGACCUGGUGGUGAGGCCACGCAUGAGAGUAAAGAACUUCAACAAGAUGAUUCAAAUCCCGAGAGCAUCUUUUGAUGACGCGGGUGAAUACGUCUGCAGUGCUACCAAUAAAAUUGGAUACAUUGAGCACACGAUAACUGUCAGGGUCAAAGCGGCUCCAUUCUGGUUGGAGAAGCCUGCUGAUCUAGUUUUGGCCCCUGAGGAAAAUGGACGCUUGGUAUGUCGUUCUGAUGGUGUUCCUCGUCCCACAAUCAGCUGGUUCCUCAACGGGGAACCAAUUGAAACUGCCACUCCGCUGCCUAACAGACAGGUGUCAGGAGACACGUUGACUUUACGCAGUGUGACCAUUGAAAACAAUGGCGUCUAUCAGUGCAACGCUUCCAAUCCAUUUGGGUACUUAUUGGCCAAUGCUUUUGUCAACGUGCUGCAUGCAACUCCACGCAUUCUCGGACCCAGGAAUGAACUUAAUAAGGUGACGGAGGGCACUAAUGUUUUCCUUCACUGCCGCUUCUUUGGAUCCCCAGUGCCUGAAUUGCGAUGGUCCAAAUAUGGACAGGGGAAUCUUGAAGGAAAUCGUUUUAAGACCUACAGUAACGGGACUCUGGAAAUAAAACGCAUACGGAUAGAGGACCAGGGAACGUACCUGUGCAUAGUCAGCAACGUCGCAGGAAGAGAUGAGAGUCAAGUUCGAAUAGAGGUCAAAGAGCCGACUUUAAUCGUCACAAAACCGCAAAGUUUGAAAGUCAUCCGUGGAACCGAUGUGCGCUUCGAGUGUGGCGUAAAAGCAGAUGUUACAACUCCUGUCACGACCACCUGGCUGAAAGGCAAAAAGCCUGUCACUCUUGGCUGGAGAAUCACCAUGGAUGAAUCAAAUUUGGUCAUCACUAAUGUAAACAGAGACGAUGAGGGCAAUUAUACUUGUGUCAUCAAGAGUGAACUGGACCAGAAGUCUGCCUCAGCACGCCUAUUAGUGAUGGACCGUCCUGAUCCUCCCACUAACUUGGAGUUGUCAGAUCCAUAUGAACGUAGUGUGAGACUCAGUUGGGCCCCUGGAGACAACAACCACAACCCGAUUUCAGAGUACCUAGUGCAGUAUGAUGAUGACGACUGGUUGCCUGGGAAGUGGAAAAACCUGUCAACGUACGCAGGGAACCUCAACUCUGUCAUCCUGCAUCUUACACCUUUCACCUACUACGAGUUCCGGGUCAUCGCUAUCAACGAAAUUGGGAUGAGUCGUCCUAGUCGUCCAUCUAAACGCUUCCAGAGCAGCGGUGCACCCCCAGAUGUCAUCCCAAAGAACUUAAAGGGUGUGGGCACAUGGAGGAAUAACAUGGAGAUCAGCUGGGAGCCUCUAACCUACAGAGAGUGGAACGGGCCCCACCUGAAGUAUUUGGUGUGGUGGAGGAGGAGAGAUUCCCGAGAGGAGUGGAAGAACGCAACCACAAAAUGGUUGAAAUACUACAUCUACGAUGCAGAUACCUUCACUCCUUAUGAGAUCAAAGUCCAGGCUGUCAACGACUUUGGGCUGGGUCCAGAAUCUCCUGUUGUCACUGGUUACUCUGGGGAAGACCGUCCCUUAUCUGCACCUCUGAACCUGAGAGUGUCCGACAUCGAGAGCACCCAGGCGACCUUACACUGGGACACGGUGGAGCGCGGCUCUAUUAUGGGAGAACUGAAAGAAUACAAGAUUUAUUACUGGAGGGACAGCAGCCAGCUGAGGUGGCAUAGGGUCAACCGAGGGAUGAAGUCUAAAACAUUUCCAAACGAUGAUCCAGAGCCCUCUGGGGUGCUCACUGGACUCAUCCCCUAUAGCAACUACAAGAUGUAUAUAGUGGUGGCAAACAAUCGAUACGAAGGCCCGCCUAGUAAUAAUAUACACUUCUCAACACCUGAAGGAGUGCCAUCCGUGCCCAAAUCCUUCAGGAUCCAACAGCGACAUCUGGACAGUAUAUACGUCGACUGGGACCUGCCAGCAGAACCCAACGGUAUCAUUACGGGAUAUUCCCUCAAGUAUCAGACAGUGAAUGCCACCAGGGGAGAGGAGCUGCGAGUUGAGGAGUUCCUUCCUAAUGUAACAAGUUUCUCAGUCCGACGAUACGACCGCUACACUCGAUACAGAUUCUCUGUGGCGGCACGAACUCGGAUAGGGAUAGGGGAAUGGCAUACGGAGGAGUCACCCCACUACACCACUGAAAUUUAUGCCCAGGACCAGGUGGACAUCUCCACUCAGGGCUGGUUCAUCGGGAUUAUGUGUGCUGUGGCUCUCAUCGUGCUCAUCCUACUCAUAGUCUGCUUCAUCAAGAGGAGUCGAGGGGGGAAAUACCCAGUCCGGGAGAAAAAAGACAUUUCAUUGGAGCCGGUGGAUGACAAAGAUCAGGAGGGGUCAUUUGACUACCGGUCUCUUGAAAGGAUAGCACGAGUCUCCACUCUGCCUUACCCACGGCGAGAGGAGGAAAGAGGGCUUCAAAGAGGCCAACCAUCUAUGGAGGCAAUGAUGAAGCGAUCAGACAGUGACGACAGUCUGGUGGACUAUGGUGAGGGAGGUGAGAUACCGUUCAACGAGGACGGCUCGUUCAUCGGCCAGUACACAGGAACCAGGAGAGAUGUCAGGGAUUUGGACUUUGGUGGAAGUCUGGAGCUCCAUUCUCCGAUGAAUACCAUCUACUCCCUGGCAUAAAACUCAAACUUCAAACUGCCUUCCCGACUUCAGCUUCAACUAUUUGUCAUGUGACUUUACCGUGCUCGUACCCUCCACCUUGGAUUAAGAACUUGUGGUUGGUCUGCAGGAGGGAACAGCUGGAGGCUGAGGUGCUGUUACCCUCUCAAGCAAAGAAACUUCCACACAUUUGAAGAGGAAAAUGGAGGGAACAUUUAGGGACAAUGCACGAGAUGAGAUGCCUUUAUCAUCUGAUGAAAAGCAAGCUUUACCUUUUGUGUUUCGUACUGCGUUUCCUGUAAAUAAGAAUGCUGUGUGUUUGUGUGCAUGCAUACGCAUGUGUACAUGUUCAAUUAUCCUGUCAGUAGGGGGAGGCUGCGUAUCAGAGGAGACAGACCAGUUUAUCAGUUUAUCAUGUUGAUAAAAAGCAGUUACAAGGACCAACAUAACUACUGUUAUCUUUUACUUUCAGCUAAUUUCCAUAAUGAGAUCAUGAUAUUUUUACAUGUUGGCUGUGUAUAUAAGGACAUAAUCAGAGGAGUCACAACUGAACGUUGAUUGCUUCUCCCUUUGUCUUAUACACUAGUGUUGAAGUACAAUGUGUGAGAGUAGAAAGUGUUGUUAGUGAUAAAUGAAGGAUAAUAAAGUAUCUCCAAGGACUAAUGAUUCAUCUGCACGGUCAGUUUGCGAAUUAUGCUCUGACGGAAAGCACCAGGGCGAAGUAUUUUAGGAAUCAGCGAGCAUACCGCCAUAAACCAGCUGUAAAAUCAGAAACCGCCCAUGUUUCUCUAUGAACUUGCCUUAACCGUGUUCCCAUUUCACUCACUCUGGAGAUGGACGGAAAUGAUUAAUCUUGAUGUAACAGCUUUAGUGUAUUUGACCGCUAACAUCAUCUGUGUAUGUCCUAAAUGUAAAUAAAGUGGAAAUAUUUAUUUCUAGCACGUUUGGCGUGAUUCUGAAUGUUUCAUUCAGCUGCUCUGUUUCCUAAUUUUAAUUAUUCUUUGAAUAAAAAACA